AUGUUGAAGAAGAAUAAGAGCAAUUCAAAUUUAAAGGCAUCUACGUUUUCUUCUGUAUCUACUAUUAAGUCAUUAGGUAAGAAACUAUUAACUUCAAAAUCUUUCGACCAUAAUGAUGUUAAUAAAAAUGUUAAACCAAUCAAGACGUUGAAAAAGAGAAGUACAGUUCCAGCUGUGUCCAAUACUGAAUCAAAAACUCAAAAUAUACCGACUAACACUCCAAAACCUAUAAGUUCUUCUGUUACUUCAGCAAGAAGGUCUAAGAUGAAUGAAUCUAGAAAUAAUUCUGUUAGUGAAAGGAAAAUGGUCUACAAUCCAUAUGGUGUUAUGUCAUCCAGUAUUAAUAGUAGCAGUGGUGCUAGUUAUAGUUAUAUGAGUAAGAAUUUGAGUUCACAUUUCAGUAUGGGGUAUAACAGUCUUGGUUCGAUUAAUUCUUCAUCCUUGAGUAGAAGAGAUCCAAGUUUAUACCUGCACGAGGGCUCCCAAUCUAUUAGAAUCUUGCAAUUGCCAAUUGCAAGUCCGAACGAUUAUUUGCCAGAAGAAUUUCAACAGAAAUCUAUUCAAUUAUAUGAUAAUUUUAAAUUUGAGAACGAUAAUAAAAGUAUUGGUAGUGGUGGGUCUGCAGAUGUUACGAAAGUGGUCACGAAAGGAGUUAAGGCCAAGCACUAUGCAUUCAAAAGAUUAAAUUUGAUUUACCAGGAGACUGAUGAACAAUAUUAUAAAAGAUGUUCCAAGGAAUAUAUUAUUGGAAGACAUCUGAAUUCCAUAAAAGGAUAUGGUAGUAUGAACAUUAUUGGGAUUUACCAGUUAUGUAAAAUACCAACUACUACGAAAUCUGUACGAGGAUGGGGCUAUAUCAUGGAAUUAGCUAAAUAUGAUUUGUUUCAUUUGAUGACCCGUACAGGCUGGAAAAGUGUUGAUGUUUCUGAAAAAUACUGUAUAUUUAAACAAAUUGCAAAUGGUGUUAAAUUCAUGCAUGAUAAUGGGAUUUCACACAGAGAUUUAAAACCUGAGAAUGUUUUGUUAUGUGAAAAUGGUAUAUGUAAAAUUACAGAUUUUGGUAUAUCUUCGUGGGUAUAUAACGAUCCGAAGGAUCCUGAGAGUGGAAUCAAAAUGUGCUGUGGUAUGAUUGGAUCACCACCGUAUGCGCCUCCAGAAGUGAUGAUGUGGGAUUCAAAGAAAAGUUAUUCGAAAGAGUUACAGAAUUCAUACAAUCCAUUUUUAAUCGACACUUAUUCGUUAGGUAUAAUAUUAAUGACCUUACUUAAUAAUGUUAUACCUUUUAUUGAAUCAUGCGAUAAAGAUUCGAAGUUUAGAGACUAUGAAUUGGCGUAUGAAAGUUACUUUAAAUAUGAAAAUAGAUUGUUUCGUAAGAAGGGCAUUUACAAGCCUGGACCGGGCCCAGAAUAUAUGUUUGCUAGAAUGUUCAACGAUAGGGAGAUGUCUCGUAUAGCAUGGAGAUUAGCAGAUCCUUGUGCUGCUACAAGAUAUAAUAUGGAUGAUUUAUUUAAUGAUCCACGAUUUCAAAAGAUUGAAAUGUGCAUGGAUCCAUUUGAUGAGAUUACAUAUAAAUAUUCAGAACCUGAAUUGUUGUAUAGUUCAUUAGAAGAGAGUGGAAUAUCAAAUAUAGGUUCAAAGACAAAUACAGUUGUGGCGUCUACAGAGAACCAUAUAUCAAGGUCGAUGAUAAGUAUUGCUGAAUCACCAAAGGAGAUGGAAAAGAAACCUGUAUGUUCGUUAUUAACAAAAAUGCUAUCGGACUCUAACAGUAGCGUAUCUUCAACAACUUCCUCGACCAUGAAUUAUGAUGAAAUGAACGUAUCAACCUCCUUCUCUUCUUCUUCCUCAUCCUCUUCUUCUCCCUCUCCUGCAUUACCUACAAUAUCUUUAGGUAAGGAUACAGAUUUAUUCACAUUGGAGGAAGAAGAAACUGAGGAGACGAAUAAUAAGGAUGUAUCAGACAGAGAUAUUAAGUCUAUAGUAUCAAAUGAGACAAUAACAAGGAAAACGGUAGAUAAAUCAUCUGACCGAAUGAAAGUUAGUGAAUUUUCAAGACAAAGGAGACGCAGAAUGGUUGUUCAUCAUCAUCUACAAGUCGUUAAUAGUGUGUCUUCUAUGAAUUCACCUAUAUUUUCAAACUCAAUGCCAUCGUCAAUUAUGUCAUCUGUUGGUUCUUCAUCGUUUAGAAAAUGGUAA